AUGGGUUGCAUGGAAGAAGAGAGGAAUGCACUGCUUAACAUUAAGGCCGCCUUCAAUUCGUCGAUGGAAAGUGGAAGAAGCAUGGGUUGCUUGGAAGAAGAGAGGAAUGCACUGCACAACAUUAAGGCCACCUCCAAUUGGUCUUGUGCUCUGUCAUGGCGCAAUAGCCAUGAUGACUGUUGUGGCUGGCAACGUGUUGAGUGCGAUAACACCACUUCGCGGAUAACUCAACUGGAUCUAUCCCAGGCACGCCAUGGUCGCAGAUUGGGACUGUCGAGCAGGUCUAGACGGUACGGUAGGGAAAGAGAAGGGUCUAGGCCUUGGGUUAUUGACGCCACUUUAUUCCUUCCUCUGGAGGAACUUCAGGUGUUGGAUUUAAGUGGUAAUUCUCUCUCAGAUUUAAACGGAACACUGCACUUGAAGAAAUUGAAGAGGCUAGAUCUAUCUGGCAAUUAUUUGCAACGAGUCCCCUCAUUGUACAAGCAAACUUCAAUGGAGGCCCAAAAUUUGUCUUCCGGUCAACUUGAAGGUGUGAAUCUUGAGGUGCUGGAUCUUAAGGGGAACAACUUGGUGAAUGAUGCUCUCACGGGCAUUACAAGGAUAACAUCUCUUAAGGCCUUAAACAUAAGUUAUUGCGAAUGGGAUGCCUCUUCAAAGUUAUUGGAAGGCUUGUGCGGAUUGAGGAACCUUGAAGAGUUGGAUAUUGGUUCUAAUCAUUUUUGGGGUGCUCUUCCUCCAUGCUUAUGCAACUUGACCUCCCUCCGUAGGUUUGAUGUUUACAAUAACAACUUUAGCGGGGCCAUUCCUUCAUGUCUCCUCUAUAAUCUCAAGUCACUUGAAUAUAUUGACUUUUCUAGAAAUGCUUUUGAAGGCUCAUUUUCGCUUGCUUCCUUGGAUAGUAAUUCCAACCUUGAGGAAUUGUACCUUAGAGGAAACCAGAAUCGUUUGGAAGUAAAUACGGAAGAGCCCACUUGGUUUCCUUCAUUUCAAUUGAAGGCGUUCCUUUUAUCAAAUUGUGUGCUCAAUAAAGAUGCAAAUGGCAUAAUUCCCAGUUUUCUAAAAGAACAGCAUGACUUGAGAUGGCUUGAACUCAGCCACAAUGGAAUGACAGGAAAUUUCCCGCAUUGGCUAUUGGACAACAAUGUAAAUCUUGAUUACUUAGGACUCACAGGCAACGAUUUAUCAGGUGUUUUUCAUUUGCCUUCCAAUUUGACUCUUGUCAACAUGAGCUCGUUGGAUGUGUCUGCUAAUCAUAUUGAUAGCGAGCUUCCAUCUUGGAUUGGUUCUAUCCUCCCGAAUUUGGGAGACUUGAAUUUGUCAAACAACUUAUUAAAAGGGAGAAUCCCUUCCUCAAUGGGCAAUAUGAAAAGACUUUUUACAUUGGACUUGUCGAAUAAUGGCUUCACGGGAGAGAUACCAGAGACACUGGCUAACAAUUGUACGUCACUUUAUGAAUUGAUACUUUCAGGUAACAAAUUGCAAGGCCAAAUGCUACCGAGGAAUUCUAACUUGAGCAGUUUGCGAUAUUUGUAUUUAAAAAACAAUCGUUUCACAGGAGACAUAUCGCUUGGCAUCUUAAAUAGCCCCUACUUGACAGUUUUGGAUGUAAAUAAUAAUUCCCUAUCUGGAACACUUCCCAAUUGGGUUGGAGAUAACCAAUACUUGAGCGUGCUUACGCUGUCGAGUAAUUUAUUGGGAGGUCCUUUACCAUUGAGCUUUUGCAACUUAUCUAAUCUCCUUCUGUUAGACCUUUCAAGUAACAAUAUUGGGCCAAAUAUACCUCCCUGUGCAAAUGUUUCAGUUAUCAAGUUCUUGCAUUUAGCAAAUGACAUGCUCACUGGGCAUUUUCCUGAUUUUCUUUCUAGAGCUUCAUUGAUUGUCACAUUAGAUUUGAGACACAAUUCAUUGUCAGGUGAGAUCCCCAAUUGGAUUGGUUCACUUCCGAACUUGAAGGUUCUUCUAAUGCAAGGAAACAAAUUUGAAGGAUCAAUCCCUUUGGAUCUAUGUUUGUUGAAAAACAUGACCAUAUUGGAUCUCUCAAAUAAUAGUCUUUCUGGAAAAAUUCCUCCUUGUUUGAAAUAUUUGACAUUUGGAAACAAUAGAAUAUCUCCAAACUCAUCUACUACCUUGCGCGAUUGGGGUGAUUCUGGCCAAGGUCUCGCAUAUGUUUUAGAAGAAGUAAGUUUCAGUACAAAGGAUAGGGUGGAAUCUUAUAAGGGCAACAUUCUAAAACUAAUGUCAGGACUUGAUCUCUCACAGAACAAUUUGAUGGGCUUUAUUCCUCCAGAGGUUGGCCAAUUGAGCGAACUCAGAGCCUUGAACCUAUCACACAAUCAUUUGAUUGGACCAAUCCCGAAAACAUUUUCCAAUUUGAAGAAUGUAGAGAGCUUAGACCUAUCUUACAACAGCUUAACUGGUCCCAUCCCUCCACAACUAACGGAGCUCUACGCCCUGUCAGAAUUUAGAGUGGGUCAUAACAACUUGUCAGGUAGGACACCAGACCGAAAAAAUCAAUUCGGAACUUUUGAUGAAGCAAGUUAUGAAGGCAUGGAUCGCAGGUACGAUACCAAAAAACCCCAUGGACGAAUCGCUCGAAAUGCCCGGAAUUUCCCAGAAGAAAGAGAAGGGGCCAGCAAUGUCACAACAGUGAACAUCCCCAUCGCCGUUAUUCCACCAAGUUGGAUGUUCAAGCAGUGUGAGUGGCAUGAGAAAAGGUGGCUUCAGCCCGGAGAGAAGUAUAAAUCAGAAAUGCUGCUCGAGAGGAGGCAGAACAUGGAUCCGCCUAAGAAGACGAAGAACGGCCACCGUGUCGCAGCUGGCUGGAGUGAACCAACCUUCAUUUCUUCUUCUGUUAUCUGA